GCAGUGGUUGCAACAGUGUCCAUUAUGAUACAGGAUCUAUUUUCCCUGUCAGUCUUCUCUCCUCUAGUUCUAUGCAAUAUAUUCGUAAUUCCCUCCCCCUCCGUCGCUUUGAGAUAUAAGAAGAGUGUAGCAGGGAUAUGGCUCCUAGCAUUAGCUGAUCUGAAGACACCGCAUAAGUGAUCAGCAAACACACGUGUCGCUCAACCAGAACGAACAGGAUUCUUUGGAUUCCUUCCAGAUCCGCCUGGCCUUUUUUUCCCCCUUUCUUUCUUUCUUUUUUUUUUCCCCCUCCCUCGCUUGCUCCAGGUUUUACUUCUGGUUGCCUGUGAGGGUUUUGCUCCUCCCUUCUGAAAUCCUAUAUUAACUGUGGCCAAAGCUGGGUAAGAGAAACACAGCUCAUUGUUGGCAAGUGCUGAUGAGCCUCGCAGAGGAGCGAGAAACAGCUUUUGCGUCUGCAGCAGCCGCAGCAGCAACAAUACCAACACUAAUUAAUAAUUAGUAUCCUCACGUAACCACAGGGAAGAGAACAAGAAAAGCCCUCUCUAUGCUGGGCGAGUUUUACUGACUGAUUUUAUCAACACCCUUGGAGCAACAACAACAACAAAAAGAGAGAGGUGGCAAAUGGCAGACCACAUGAUGGCCAUGAAUCAUGGGCGAUUCCCUGAUGGAACCAGCGGGCUUCAUCACCACCCUGCACAUCGAAUGGGGAUGGGUCAGUUUCCGAGCCCCCAUCACCAUCACCAACAGCAGCAACAUGCCUUCAGCGCCUUGAUGGGCGAGCAUAUACAUUAUGGAGCUGGAAAUAUGAACGCAAAUGGCGGGAUCAGACAUGCAAUGGGGCCAGGGAACGUGAAUGGGGGGCAUCCUCCCAGCAGCAUGCCUCCCACGGCACGAUUUAAUAAUUCGCAGUUCAUGGCCCCCCCUGUUGCAAGCCAAGGAGGCCCCUUAACGGCCAGCAUGCAGCUGCAGAAGCUAAACAACCAGUAUUUUAGCCACCAUCCGUAUCCUCACAACCACUAUAUGCCGGACUUGCACCCUGCAAAUCAUCCGAUGAACGGAACAAACCAGCAUUUCAGAGACUGCAACCCAAAGCAUAGCGGCAGCGGCAGCGGCAUGCCUCCUUCAGUUCCCCAUGUCCCUGCAGCAAUGCUGCCUCCCAAUGUCAUAGACACUGACUUCAUCGAUGAGGAGGUGCUCAUGUCCUUAGUCAUAGAAAUGGGUUUGGACCGCAUUAAGGAGCUUCCUGAGCUGUGGUUGGGACAGAACGAGUUUGAUUUCAUGACAGACUUCGUUUGCAAACAACAGCCCAGCAGAGUGAGCUGCUGACUUCUUUAAAACAAACAAAGGACUUUCUAUCAGUGCGAAUGAAAACAUUCCCUUACACACAGUAUCUCGCUUUUCAGUGCUCGAAAGGUUGAGAAUCUGGAAAACAGAGUAAACUAUAAGCUUGUAUAAAUUGGGGUUGUUUUUAAAUAAUUGCUGCCAUUUUUUUUUUUGGUAGUUUUGACACACACUUCCUUUCCUGUAAUAAUUUCUGGCUAACUCUGGCUUUUUAUGGGUUUUCCCAUCCCCCUGCCCCCUUACUUGCCUCACAGUAACAUGUCCAUAAUUU